GACGCCCCGGACUGAGUCGCUCUCCUCGGUGCUGAAAUCGCCGACCGUCGCGAUAAUGUAAACGGCGAUGAGGCCAAACGGAGCAUCGUUAAAAAAACAUACGAAAUGGACGAUGACCUGUUUCAGUUGAGACAACUUCCUGUUGUCCGUUUCCGUCGCACAGGUGAGAGCACACGAUCUGAUGAAGAUGUCGAAAGCAGAGAGCAGGAGGUCAGGCCAGCCGAGCCUGCUGAUCUGGAGUCUGUGGCGCUGGCAGAAAGCGCUCCGGUGCCUCGAGAGUUUGCCAAUCCAACCGACGACACGUUCAUGGUAGAAGAUGCUGUGGAGGCCAUAGGCUUUGGCACAUUUCAGUGGAAACUCUCCAUCCUCACUGGUUUAUCCUGGAUGGCCGAUGCCAUGGAGAUGAUGAUACUCAGCAUCUUAGCCCCACAGCUCCACUGUGAGUGGAGACUACCGAGCCUUGAGGUGGCACUGCUCACAUCGGCGGUGUUCAUUGGGAUGAUGAUCAGCUCUUCUCUUUGGGGAAACAUAUCUGAUAGAUAUGGCAGGAAGAUGGGCUUGACUCUGAGUGUGCUUUGGACCAUGUUCUAUGGCCUCCUGAGUGCAUUUGCACCCAUUUACGGGUGGAUCCUGGUCCUGCGUGCACUGGUGGGCUUUGGUAUAGGAGGGGCGCCUCAGUCGGUGACCCUGUAUGCCGAGUUUCUUCCCAUGAGAUCCAGAGCCACAUGUAUUUUGCUUAUUGAGAUCUUUUGGGCAAUCGGUACAGUGUUUGAGGUCCUGUUGGCGAUCCUUGUGAUGCCCACUCUGGGCUGGCGCUGGCUUCUCGGCCUUUCCACCAUCCCUCUCUUCAUUUUCGCCUUUCUGUGCUAUUGGCUGCCAGAGAGUGCUCGGUAUGACGUGCUGACGGGGAAUCAGGAAAAGGCUCUGGCAACUCUGAAACGUAUAGCCACAGAGAACGGCGUCCCCAUGCCUCUGGGAAAACUUAUUGCUGCCAGACAGGAAGAUCGCGGGAAGAUCCGAGACUUAUUUUCGUCACACUUCCGAUGCACCACGGUUCUGCUCUGGUUCAUUUGGUUUGCAAACGCCUUCUCUUACUAUGGACUGGUGCUGCUCACUACAGAGUUGUUCCAGGAAGGAGGUGCAUGUGGAAUGCCCAAAGGUGGAAAAAAGGAGCUCAGAUGCAACUUGGAGUGUAAAUAUCUAAAUUCUGAUGACUAUAAAGAUCUGCUCUGGACUACAUUGUCUGAAUUCCCAGGACUGCUGGUCACACUGUGGGCUAUUGAUCGAUUGGGACGAAGAAAGACCAUGGCAUUGUGUUUCCUCGUGUUCUCUCUGUGCAUCAUCCCUCUGUAUGGUUGCGUUGGGAGAACAUCCAUGACAGUGUUGAUAUUCGUAGCCAGAGCAUUUAUUGCUGGAGGCUUCCAGGCAGCCUAUGUUUACACUCCAGAGGUUUAUCCAACAGCAACUAGAGCUUUGGGUCUGGGAACAAGCAGUGGGAUGGCCAGAGUUGGUGCCCUCAUCACUCCUUUUGUUGCACAGGUGAUGUUGGAGUCUUCGGUGUACCUGGCCCUCUCUGUGUACUGCUGCUGCUGCCUGUUUGCUGCCGUCGCCUCCUGCGCUCUGCCCAUUGAAACCACAGGUCGGGGUCUGCAGGAGUCCAACAAUCGUGAGUGGGGACAGGAGAUGGUAGGCCACAGAUCAGAAGAAAUCCCAAACUCCAGCUCUGGUUCUCAGGGUUGAGGACAUGCUCACUGUGGUACGAGACCAAAUGAGAGGAGAGGAGGAAGCUAAACCAGCUUUCUGCCCUUCUUGUAUGUUUCUCCUAAGAUCCAGGCAGCACCAUUUUUACAUCACAUAACUGUAUGUAAAGUCUUUAAACACCAUUGGUGUCACAGGGUUGCCAUUGUAAAACUACGUACUCACAGGACGAGUUAGAAAGACCAAGUGAUGUUCAGGAUUACCGGAGAUGAUGGUGAAAAUGGGAAAAGUCUCUGAAAAGGGGAAGAUGGAAGGUGUGAAAGUGUUGAAAUUUAUCUUCAUACAGCUACCUUCAUUUGAAAGAGCCUUAAAACAAUCUAUUGAGUAGGUGACUAAACCACCUUGGAAAUCAAUGAAAAAACAGCCUCUGUAGUACACAAAGCAUACUGAACAUACCAUCUCCUAAUGUAUUCUUAGCAAAAAACAAAACAAAAACACAAUCAUCUCAUGUACAUGGAAAUUGCCUGCUGAAAUGCACUUUAACUUAAAAAGGUAUUGUUGAAGAAUAAAAAUAACUCCUCAGAUGAACUGACCAGAUUCUGUUUUUUUCACUGAACAUUCCUAGUUAUCAAGGUAAAUAUAGAUCCUACGUAGGAGCCCUUGAUUUUAUUGCAAAUAUCAGAACUUUUAAGGGAUAAUUUGCUUCACUUUCAUCAGUUUCCUAAUGCAAAUGCACAUAUAAAUGACUGAAAUCAUGAUUUUGAAAAGUUUAAUCAUGAUGUGAUUGUUUUACCUAUGACAAACUUUUAGAUUUCCUGAAGCUGUCAGUGGAGGGCUGGAAGUUUCUUUAACAUAAAACUAAGCAUUUCUACAUUACAGCACAAACAGCGAGAGUCUGAAGAGAGUUUUCCAAAAGUGUAGUUACUCUUAAAUGGUUCUUUUCACUCAUAUAAGUACCGGCAGAUUUAUAGUUUACAAUAUGUUGCAAACUUAUUCAUAUUCCUUGAACUUUGUGACAUUUCUUUCACAUUACAACCACAAAUUUCCACGCAUUUUAUUCUAAUUAUAUGUGACAAACCAACACCACGUAGCCCACGAUUAUGAAGGAAACUGAAACAUCUAGAGAUGGUUUAAAAUGUUUAAAUGAACAAAUCAAUUUGUUUUUAGCCUCCAAAAGCCAGUACUUUGUAGACACAUUUCCCUGUAGUUACAGCUUCCAGUCUUUUGGGGGUAUUCGUCUACUACUUUUACACAUCUCAAGACUGAAACCACAGGUCGGGGUCUGCUGGACUCCUGCAGAACCUGACCUGGUUUUGGUCAUCUUUGCAACACAGUUCAAUCUCAGUCCCACUGAAUGAAGAUAAUCUGUGAACAUGAAUUUUCAAGACUUGAUAUACAAAUUUUCAAAUGUAUUUUACGACUUUCACAAAAGUACACAAAUGUCUUGAUGAAGACCAUUGUUGUGCAGUCCUCUACUUUGACAUGAUUGAAUAGAACUUUGUGAAAUGUUCAAAGCCAGGGAUUUUGUUUUAGAACUUUGCUUUAAACUUCUCCAUGACAUCCCCGACACAUCUGGUGUGUUUCAGGAAUAUUUCUGUCAUUAGGGUUCCCUAUUGUGCAGCAAACAUCUGCAACGUUCACAGAACAUCUGGUUUUAUACUAAGAAUAAAUUGUAGAAAUUACUGUUUACUAAAUUCAAGAACAUCUGAAGCCAGUUUGUUUCACAGAAUUUCAUAUAAAAGGUUUCAGAGUAAAUGGAGCAAAACAAAUAAAUGCACCCACUUUUUAUAUUGUUUAUUGUUGCAAGAUUUGGAAAACAGGGAUCUCAUUAUCGUGUACUCCACAAAUAUGUUAUACUUUUUCGGUCUGUCACAUAAAAUAUCCUCGUUUGUGAUUAUAAUGUGAACAAAUGUGAAAAAGGUUGAAGGGGUAUGAAUACUUUUACAGCCACUCCAUAGAGAUGCUAUCUCAACUUUCUUAAAUAUGUUCUACUUUUUAAGUGUUAAUUUCUCCAAAAUAUGCUACAACAGGGCAAAGGUUUAUUAAUACAGAGUGAAGGUAAAGUCCAGAUGAGAAAGUUAGAGUCUGUUACACAUUUACUUAAUUUCAGGCCCUACGUAAGUCAGGAAUUUGACCAUUUUACCUUGAAAGUACAUUUCCAGCUGCAUCUUGUGAUUAUUUCUCCUCACAUGGAGACAAGUUUAGAGGAUUGGGAAGUUUUCUAGAAAAUUACAUGUGCAUUAAUAAAACAUUAGGCUUUAUUUCUUGAAGACUAUGAGAAGUUGACAAAUAAUCCAGAAAUUCAGCCCUAGUAUUCAUGUGGUCAGCCAAAAUGAACUGCCUAUGGAGGGCUUUAUAGUAAUGAUGUUAUUACUCAUGUAUCAACUAUUCCUCUACUGAUCCAGACUUUUAACAGCAUACUCCCAUACACAGAGCCGAGCUGUGAACGUUUACUGGAUGUCAUGUUCUUGAUGUAAAUGAAAAAAAAAUCACACCUAGUUCGGUCAUUGUCUUUUGUUUGUAAUUGAUAAAGAGAUGGAGGCAGACUUUGGUUAUUCUAACAGAAAACAAGAUAUCACCACACACGGGUCCACCAAGAUGCUUUGACUCGCCAGUGUUUGAGAUAUUGUGCAGCAUUAAGUGUCAAUGCACUAGAUGUAAAUGUGUAUGAUAUUAUAAUAAAAAACAUAAAAGAUUC